AUGUGGUCACUCAUAGAAAAGAAUAAAAAUGACAUCAUAUAUCUCUCUCUCCUUUUAUUUAGUGUUUUCAUUGGACCAUAUUACAGAAAAUUAAAAACAGUUGAGACUAAAAAAUGGGGUGGAACUAUUUUAGGUUUAAUUUUAAUUGCUAUUGUGUCUGGGUAUAGUGCUGUACAUCCUAUUUUAUCAGCUUUCAUAGGUAUAUUAGCCAUAAAGGUGGCAACUAUAAAGUAUUGCCAUAUUGUAACCUUUUUCCUGAUGUUUGGUUACUUAUUCUUCUUUCGCUUAGCUGAUAAAUUUGGAUUCUCUUUAUCCUCUGGUCAAACAAAUCUUAUUGAGAUGAUCAUGGUUUUGCGAGUUGUUGGUGUUGCCUUUGAAAUGAAUGGAUCCUGGUUAGCUAUAGCAAAAUCUAAGAAACAAAAUGAUGAAUUAGUUAAAUCUGUAAACAUAGAGGAUGCUGACAAGAGAGAAGUAAAGGAAAAGGAUGAUGAGUUUCUUGAGUUAAUCAAUCCAGAUUUUAUUGACUUAAUUCACUAUUCCUUCAGUUACAUUGGAUUGCUAACAGGACCAUACUACAGAUAUCGGACCUUUAAUGAUUAUUUCUACUUGCCAUUCAGCAAACAUGCUGAUUGUUUUGGAUCAACAAUAAAUACCCUCAAAGCUGUACCUUUGUAUAUCUCAUUAUAUUUGGCUUUUUCUAAUAUAUGCCCAUUGGAGUAUGUGUUAACUGAGGAGCAUAAUAACAGAAGCUUUCUUUAUCGAAUGAUGUAUCCAUGGGUGUUAUUUGCUGCAUUUAGACAAAGAAUUUAUGCAGGCAUGACAUUGGCUGAGAGUGUGUGCACUUCUUCAGGCCUUGGGGCAUACCCAGUGCAGGGCAAGAAUAGGACAGGACAUGGUCCAACUGUUGGGUACUUAAAGCUGAAUGAAAUGUCAGAAGAUGAAGCAAAAGUAACAGAUUAUGACUUCAUAACUGUAGAGUCUAUGGAGGUAUGGCAAUGUGAGUCAGUAGUGACUCUAAGGGACUCAAUGAAAGUGUGGAACAAAGCUGUGCAGUAUUGGGUGGCCAUGGUUGUUUAUAAGCGGUUUCCAAUUAAACCUCUCAAGGUUCACGCAGCACUUUUUGUAUCAGUGAUAUGGCACGGUUUUCACGCUGGUUAUUUCUUCUGCAUUUACUUCUGUCCGUUCUAUUUGAUGGCUGAAGACAUUUAUUACAAGUUGUACUAUAAGGAAGCGACUGGAAUGAAAAAAAAUAUAAUCGGUUUCAUAAUGUGGUUCCUUCGAUCACAUUCAGAGUCAUAUCAGGCCGCUGCCUUCCUGCUACUCACCUUUGACAGAAUCUGGAUUUAUUAUUCAUCAGUCUACUUCUAUUGGUAUGGAGUGUGGCUUGUUUUCCUAAUAUUGGGAAUAAUUUUGAACCAAAUACAUAAUAAAAAAGACUGA